GUCGAUGGCAAGUACCCGCAGUUUAUAGAGAUGCCCGAUGGCGAGGGCAACAUGCAUACCGUGGAUUUGCUGCAACCUGUAGACGAAGAGUUGUUGAGGGAUAUUGCACUUAACCCAGCUAAUAACCAAUAUCUACUCUUCACAAGACGCAAUAGAAGAUCUUCUCAGUCACUGGUUAUGAACAAUGCUAACAGCAUACGCAAUUCGAACUUCAACGCUAACCACCCCACCGUGGUGGUAGUUCACGGCUGGCUCAGCAAUCAACGUACUGACAUUAACCCGACAAUCAGAGAUGCAUACCUCAAUAAAGGCGAGGCCAAUGUGAUUGUCAUGUGCUGGAGGAGACUCGCUCUCUCCUACUACCCGACAGCAGUCCGUGGUGUACCAGACGUGGGCCGUGGUCUUGGACAGUUCCUGAACUUCCUCCACACUGUUACUGGACAAGGGUUCAAUAGGAUGCAUCUAGUGGGCUUCAGUUUGGGUGCUCAUGUGGUUGGCAACGCUGGUAGGGAGCUGCGUGGAAGAGUAGCUCGUGUCACAGGCUUGGACCCUGCUGGUCCUCUAUGGCAGUACAACACAAACCGUCUUCGUGGUUCCGAUGGUGGUUACGUAGAGGCUAUUCACACUGACGGAGGCAUCGCUGGUCUUGGAAUCGGAUCAGCCAUUGCCAACGCUGACUUUUUCCCCAACGGUGGCAACUCACAACCUGGUUGCUACACUAGUCUGUGCAACCAUAACAGAGCGUGGGAGUUCUUUGCUUCGACCGUAACCCGCAACCAUCUUGUAGCCAGACAGUGCUCUAACUCUGCCCAGGUUUCUUCUAACACAUGCCGUGGAAGCAACUUCAAUAUGGGCAACGACGAUUUAAAUAAGAGUGGAUCUGGUUUAUUCCGAGUCAACACAGGCAGAAGAUAUCCCUUUUAA